AUGAAUGCUUCAGGGGUCAACGUGAAUGAAGCUCGUCGAGCUGUUCCUGCAAGACAUCCUCGCCCCUUAUCCUCUGCUGAAAGAAAUCAGCAAGAACCUAGUUCAUCCUCUGCCAACAGUAGACCAAAUGGCGGAUCAAAUGUCAUUAACUUAGAUGAUCUAACUGGAGAUGUUGGUGAGGAAGUCAAUACUUCCCUCUCAGACAGAUAUCUCAAGUGGCAAGAUCUCAGUGAAGUGCUUUUGAAGAGCUAUAUAGAAAGCCACGAAUUGCAUGGCCAUGCCGAUCCAUGCCUCGAUGCGCCGAUAAUUAUUGGAACGAAGCCCCAAAGCUGCGAUUGUACCUCCAGAAUCACUUCAUGGCCUAUCAAUGGCUUCAUGAUGUUUAAGCGAUGUAUUUUCCAAGUGGAGUAUUGCUCGCACCAAACAUUGCUCGAGUCGCUUUUGAUGUCUCAAAUGAUGCCAACAGCAACUGUGUUUCCCAAGUCUGCAGUGCAUUUCUCCCUCUUUGAGUCUAUGAUUGACAAUCGCUUAAAUGCGUACUCAUCGGUUUAUGGCUUUGUUAAAGCAAACAAUGCUAGCAACCUGAGACUCUCAAGCUAUGAUCCCAAAUUUAUCAAAGAGUUAAAAAACACUCAAUUGACAGCGUAUAUCGCCAACAUGAUGUGGAAAGAGAUUGCAGCUGCUUGGCAUGCAAGAUCUAGACAAAUUGACAUUGUUGAUAAUGGCAAUCCCAACAUCUUUCUUACUUCUGAGGCUGAGAAAGCAAAGUUUGGUGACAAAGCAGAUGUCGACAAAUAUGAUCGAGCAGAGACUGCUGCGACCGAGGAUUGUCUUCUGGAAAAUUUAGAUAGCGAGUUUCAAGCUCUCAGCAAUAACCGCAGAACUACCAGCAACCGCUUUGAUGAAAAUGGUGUCUUCAGCAUAAAUUGUGCUCGUCAUGGAAUUGUUGAAAGACUAUUUGAUAUUUUUGAGGGAGAAGGGAGAAAGUAUGCUUUGGCUGGUGUAGAACAUGUCAUUAAAAACUUGGAAGAAGAUCAGAAGCUUCUGAUUAUGUAUGAUGUAGCAUGCGCAUGUAGAGAAACUUUCAACAAAGCUUUCCCAGAGCUUCAAAGCGAGCGUGAUGUGUGGUAUGCGGUGAGUAUUUUUCAUGCGUACGCACAUAGUGCUGCUUGCCAAGCCAAAAACAACCCCAGGUAUGUGGAUCAUGCACUAGGAUUAACAGAUGGAGAAGGAGCAGAGAGAUUUUGGUCGUUUGCCAAUCAUUUCGUCGCGCAAAUCAGGUCGAUGACCAAAGCUAACCGUAGGGCAAUGAUUGUUGAAUUGGCUGAGGCAUAUUGCGAUGAGAAGAUGAUAGAAUUGCCAAAUUUGUUCGUGAAAAAAUACGACAAAGCAAUGGACACUAUCAGAAGACUCAACAUGACCAAGAGUGCCUACAGUAGUUUCGAAGUACAGUGGAAUAGCCACAGAACUGCGCUCGCUGUGCCUUUUUCCAACGUGAGGAACCUUCAAAGGCUACAUGAAAGGGCUGAAGGAAACAUCUUGCUUAUGAACGAUAUUAAGCAUGAGUAUGCAGUGACAGCUGGUCAACUCAUUUUCCUCAACUCAAGAGAUUCGCCUAUUACAAGUGGCUAUAUAACUGGCUUGAAGCGUCAACUGGAAGCAAAACUCAAUGAACUCGAGCGACUAUUUCCUCAGUUAAUUGUCCAUGGAGGAAGGCCGACAACCUUUGGUCACAUUACAAUGCAGCAAUACUUUGAUGCAAUCAAAGAUGAAUGCCACAACAUAUUAGUUAAAGUCUUAAGACAACUAAUCUUUUCCAUUUUCAUGAACGAUAAUGAGCUUCGUAGGCCCAAUUCGACUGGAACUGAUAAAGCUGCUAGGCUGCUAGUAUCCAUUGCCUCCUCUACAAAGAAGGCUGGACUAGUAGUAGAUAGCAUUAACAAUUUUGUCGAUAGAAACUUUGGAGGGGAUCCUAGUAAAAAAGUGCCCAGUGUCGCAAUUGAGCUGCAAAGGCUCAGAAACAAUGAAGAUGCUGAUUUCUUGAGACUGUCCCAAGGAAUGAAAGACUGGCAUACCCUUAGAAAGUGUGUCGAGGAAACAUCAAUUCUUGUUGAAGAGGCACAGAGAUACGAGCAGAACUUACUCGCUCGUAUUGAUGGCAUCUAUGAAGCUGCUCGCCAGAACCACUUGAUCAAGAUAGAUUAUCUCAAGUGGAAUCCACCAAGGUACAACCCCGAGGCAGGAGAUGAUGAUUUGGUAGUCGUUUGCUUUGCUGACAGAAGUGAUGUCCACGUGUUCUCGCCAAGACCACUUGCUGAUGACCGCGCAGAUGAAGAAGGCAUUGUUGGCAGUGAUAAUGGUAGAGACGAUGAAGUCGAUGAUGAUGAUGAAGAGAGCGAUGGUGGCGAUGAUGAUCGUGGUUAUGGUGAUAGCCAAACCAAUAUGGCUGACAGCAUAGCGUCUACACUAGCCUCAGUUAUGCUCGAGCAGUCUACUUAG